UGUUAGCCUUCUCUGGCAUGUGUGUUAUCUCUGGAACAUAUAUUUGAAGAUGUAAUAUUCCCACUUUUAUAAAGACAAUAUCAGUGUUAUAAUUUCACCAAGAACACUGGAUUUCAUUUUUCCCCUCAUUAUCAUUCACUCUUCAUUAAUUCAGGCAUUGUGACAAGAUGUCCUCUCGAACUGAAGAUGAAGAGACUGAAAGAAGGAGAGGAGUGGUACGGGAAGAUAAGCUACCAAGGUUAUGAAGAAGAGAUAGAAGACCCUGCAGAUGUGGAGAAAAUGAUUAGAGAAGCUCAGGAAAAAUUGGCCGGGAUCGGGGUGGGGAUCAGUGAUGACCUCAUCAGUCUAGAAAUUGCCUCUCCUGAUGUUCCAGACCUGACGCUCAUUGACCUGCCCGGCAUCACCAGGGUGGCUGUAAAGGGACAACCUGAAAACAUUGGAGACCAGAUAAAGAGACUGAUCCAGAAGUUUAUAACAAAACAAGAGACCAUCAGCUUGGUGGUUGUUCCAUCCAACGUGGACAUAGCAACCACAGAGGCUUUGAAGAUGGCACAGGAGGUGGAUCCUGGUGGAGACAGGACUUUGGGUAUCUUGACCAAGCCUGACCUGGUGGACAAAGGCACAGAAGAGUCGGUGGUUGAAAUUGUCCGUAAUGAGGUCAUCCACCUGAAGAAGGGCUACAUGAUCGUAAAGUGCAGGGGUCAGAAGGAGAUCACAGAGAGGGUGUCUCUUACUGAAGCAAUAGAAAGAGAAAAAGCAUUCUUCAGCGACCAUGUGCAUUUCAACACUCUCUACAAUGACGGUCAUGCUUGUAUUCCUAAACUGGCUGAGAAACUCACACUUGAGCUGGUGCAUCACAUUGAGAGAUCUCUGCCUCGACUGGAAGAGCAGAUAGAGGAGAAACUUGCACAAACUCAAGCAGAGCUGGAGAGAUAUGGCAGUGGACCCCCAGCUGACGCAGCUGAAAGACUUGUCUACCUCAUUGAUAAAGUGACAGCAUUCACACAGGAUGCCAUCAAUCUGACUACAGGAGAGGAGCUCAAGUGUGGAGACAAGCUCAAUGUCUUUUCUACACUCAGAAGAGAGUUUGGGAAGUGGAAUGCCCAACUGGACCGCUCAGGACAUAACUUUAACCAGAACAUUGAGAAAGAGGUGGAGGGAUAUGAAGAGAGGUACCGUGGAAGAGAACUGCCGGGCUUCAUCAACUACAAGACCUUUGAGGUUAUGGUCAAGCAGCAGGUCAAACAGCUGGAAGAACCGGCUGUCAAGAAACUCAAGGAUGUAGCCGACGCUGUUAAGAAGGUGUUCAUUCAGCUGGCCCAAAGUAGCUUCAUUGGAUUUCCUAACCUUAUUAAAACAGCCAAGACAAAGAUCGAAGCCAUCAAGCAAGAAAAAGAGUCCACCGCUGAAUCCAUGCUGAGAACCCAGUUCAAGAUGGAGCUGCUCGUUUACUCUCAGGACAGGACCUACAGCAACAGUUUGAGUGACAGGAAGAAGGAAGAGGAUGAUGAGGAAGAAGUACUGAAAAGCUUCAAAUCUCAAGAAAGGAGUAUUGUGUACUGCAUGGAUAAUCAUGCAACAAUUCAGGAGCUGAUUUUGCACCUUCAAUCAUAUUACAAAAUUGCCAGCCAGCGUCUGGCUGACCAGAUCCCGCUGGUGAUCCGCUACCAGAUGUUGCAGGAGUCUGCUGUCCAGCUGCAGAGGGAGAUGCUGCAGAUGCUUCAUGACAAGGAGAACUUUGAGUUCUUGCUGAAGGAGGAUUGUGACAUUGGCACCCAGAGGGCUGGUUUGCAGAGUCGCCUUAAACGCCUCAUGAAGGCCCGCACAUUCCUGGUGGAGUUCUAGCAGAGAUCAGGCAUAGGCGCAGUUUGAACUGUAACGUUGGGGGUUCACAAAGUUUAUUUUUGUACUUCCGGUUCUCUCGCGUCAAAGUCUAUGGGUGUUUUAAAUGGGUUUUUAGGUGUCUAACACAAGCUUAUGAGGUUUUAAUUUGUUCUACAAUAUAAAAUAGGCCAGUAUUAUCACAAAAUUGUGUUCCUGCAAUAAUCCAAAAUCCCAUCUGCUUUUUUUAGAGGUAACCAGUGCGAUGCUAACUUCCAGGGAUGGCCUACAAAAAUAUGUCAUCCCUGCAGCAUUUUAUUGCUUCCCGACAAUUUGCGGAUUCUUCCUCUUGUGUGAACCCUCUCUAAAUUUGCCUGUCAUGGGUGUGCAUGCAAGAGUGCCCAUGCAGGCUACCACACCAUAGACCAUAACCAAUGCUUAAUGAAAAUAUUCAGUCACACAAUUAAUUAAACCUUUGUAUUUUAUCUCUCCUGAACCAACACAAACUGCGCCUGUAGGGUCAUUGUUUAAGUAUUGCUCUGCUGUUAUUUUUUAAUUCUGUCCAGUGUAGAAUGGACACAUUUGCUUUCAAUGUUACAUCUAUGUCAGAACAGUGAAAGUGGGGAGUUGUUUUAAAUGUACUGUAAUAUGUACUACUGCUGUCUUUCCAAGAGAAAGAGAAAUCAAAUGCCUGCUAUUUUAUACGGGGCAAAGGGAUCAUAGGAGCGCGUUGUUUAAGUAACAUACCAUGUUUCUGAGAUACCCAGUUCAAUUACUGAGUUGCCCUAGUUCAGAUGCUUUGUAGUGCUUUCCUAUUAAUGGCUGGACCACUUUAAUUAAACAGGUAGUUUUUGUUUCUUCAAGUGCAUCUUUUUCAUGCUCUGCAAAUAUAUUUGUUUAAAUAAAGAAACAAUUUGACUUUAA